CGGUAUUUAUGCACGACCGGCGACAGGCUGCGGUCGAACGCAAACGUAAACAAACCAGACGUGGACACUGACUUUCCGAAGUCUCAAGUGCGAAGAUGAACUUGUCAGCUUUUUCCAGCGACACUUUCGACGCCAAGGAAUGGAUCAACAACGCCUUCCAAGCACCCGAAGCUCAGGAAAACAAGGAGGCCUACGCUUCGGAGGUAGCCUUCAAGCUGCAGCUCUUCAUCCAGGAAAUGAACAGCGCUCUGGAAGACACCGCUCAGCAAGUGCAGCAGAACUUGCCCAAGGUACUGCGUGACGUCGAAACGAUGCAGCAAGAAGCUGCCCUACUCAAACUCCAGAUGGCCGCCGUUCAAAAGGACAUCGCGAAAGUGGAGCAGGACUCAUCCACGUCCAUGAAGACACUCCUAGAACUGGACACCAUCAAGCUGCGAAUGCUGGAAGCGAACCAGGCACUCAGAGAAGCCGACAACUGGACGACGCUCUCGGCCGACGUCGACCAGGUCUUCCAGAGCGGCGACGUCCAGGCGAUCACGGCAAGGCUGGUCGGGCUGCAGACUAGCCUCGAGAUACUCGUGGACGUGCCGGACUUCGAGCACCGGUUGCAGAGACUGGAGUCCCUCAAGAACCAGCUCGAAGCCAUGUUGAGUACUCAGCUGGUGCAAGCGUUCACUUCGCAGUCGAUUGACGCGGCAAAAUCGUACGUCAGGAUCUUCGGUGACAUUCGGAGAAUGCCCCAGCUCCUCAAGUACUACCACAAUUGCCAAAGGACGACCCUUGUCGAAGCCUGGCGUAAGACCGUCGACAGCGACGCUGAUGACAUGUUUGUUGACUGGCUAAACAGCUUCCACGACGUUCUCGUGUCCUGGUGGCAUGCCCAGAUGAGCUGGUGCAACCAAGUUUUCCCGGAUCCGCCUGCGGUCUUCGUGCUAUCCGACAUAGUCGUAGAUGCCAUCACGAACCUGGAGCCGAACUUGCCCUUUUGCUUUGAAGCCGCCAUGAAGUUGCAGAAGACUUCGUCCACGUUCCUGACCGAGGUGCUCCAGAUCACCGAACGGCUCUGCAAGAGUCUGGAGCUCUCCAUUACCAAUGUCAACCCUAACUUCAUGGACAGCCCCCAUGUCGUGGCCCUGAUGAAAUCUCUGUUCUCCAUGUUUCAGGCUCAUCUCGAGGCAUAUGACAAACUUGAGGAGAAGUGCCUCAUAACUCAACUGUCUCUGAUUCCAACGCAAAGCGACGACAUGAUGGAUUCGGUCCGCCUCCUCGCAGACUCUGUUGGCAAAGUGUUUGGGUUGGUGAGAGAUGCCGAAAAGCGCUGCAGCGUGCUUCUGCACGGUUGCUGCUAUCCAGAGUUUCUCAAGGCCGUCAAGGCACUUUUCCGGGCAUACUUUGAACGAUGCACAUUCGUCUUGGCUCAGCUAAAGUCCGUAUCUAGACGUGCUGACCUAGACAGUUGGACCAUGUUCCAGCAUGCGCUCAAGUGCAUGCAGACUAUAGGAGACAUCACCAUCCAGCUUGGAGCGUUAGACCGUAGCGUCACGUCAAACAUCAAAAGCACUCUUAAGCUUCUCAACGUCCAAGAAAGCCCUUUGUCCGGCUCUGGAAACUUUUCGGAGGAGCAGAAGACUAUUCCCAACAUCCUUGCCGAUUACGUCUCUCUCCUCCUCAGCCCAGUGAUGCAGAGGAAUCUCAGGGACUUUGCGGCCCAAGCACACCUCGAAGACUUUACAACAUUCCCAGAGAGCAGCCGCGCCGUCCACAAGCUCUGUGCCGACUUCAGUAAGUUCACUUUCGAUACCGUCUUCGCGGAAGUUCAGAGCCACUUCAACACCGUGCCGUCCCUCAAGGUGUGGGCCCUGGAAAAUCCGGGAGGUGCCAUUGCUAGGGAUUUACCAGCAUUCAGCAUUUCUCCACUGGAGUACAUAACCCAGAUCGGGCAGUACCUACUAACCAUCCCGCAGCACAUUGAACCCUUCAUCGUAGAAGAAAAUGAAGCACUGGCAAUGGCCCUAAAGUACAGCAACCUGCCCCAUGUCAUAGAGAGCACGAGCACGGACCACGUUGCCGACUACUUGCUUGGCUGCGUCGCUCAGGCCACCAUGUACACCUAUCUGGACACCGUCAUGCAGAUUGACCGACUUACGCAACAAGCCUCCGCACAGUUGGCAACGGACAUCGGCUACCUGUGCAACGUCCUCGAUGACCUCGGCUUGCCACCGCUCGAGAAUCUGCAGCAGCUUGCAGCGUUGCUGAAAAGUCCACCUCAGGAGUUUGCGGCUGUGGCUGUCGGGAAGCCAAGCCAGCUGGUUCAGACGGUUAGAAUGAUGCGAGGAAUACGCUGAAGACGUCUGGCCUGUCCCGUGGCUACUGGAAGUGCUGGCUGUAGCUUGGAAUCUUCCGAGUAUUUAGGUGGGAUUUGUUCAGAUGUGACUGUGUGUAUAAAACAGCUGGAGCUGUUAAAGGGAUACUCCACCGAUUUUCUGAGCUACCUCAACUAACUAUAUUUUCUGACUCCCCGGCCUUUAGCCUUUCCGUUAUGCUAUUUAGCAUCGCAAAAUUCGUAAUAGGUAUUGUGAAAUCCGCAAAUGAAAAUGGUGCAAAAACCAAUAUUUAAAUAUUCGCGCACUUUUCAGUGCCGUGACGUCAGUGGCAGGCAGGCUUGCCAGUCGAGCAAGUAGUCUAAAAAUAGAAUAUGCCAAUCAUUUGCUCCGCGCUGGAGCGCGGAUACGGGAGCGAGCUUCCAAAGCACUCAUUUGACACCAAGAAACUGCUUCAAAUCUGUUGGGAACAACUUCUGUAGUCCAAAAAGUUAACCUCUGCCUUCCACUGACGUCACUUUGUUGUUGUUGCCAGUAGAGACUUUCAGUUUGAAAAACAUGGUGAAGACCAAAACUGCAAAUUCAAUAACUUCGCGAAAAAACAAUAUUUUUUUGACCUAAUAUUUGGGAUACUAUUUUAGCAAUGUUUGUUGGUUAGUUUAGCAAAAUUUCAAGCAAAUCGGAGACAAUGAAAAAACCGGUGGAGUACCCCUUAAAAAACAUCAUCUGUUUGUUAAACUCAUUGUGGGGCGAGCCUUUACACACGCACCCGUGGGCUGCAGUUACUGAAAUACCGGUCUGUGAAAUUUGUAUGUCAGUAACUACAGCCUUCCAGUGCAUCGUAUGGGCAUAUCUGUGCUUUCUUAAAAGGAAGCUGAACCACUUUUCAAGAAAUGAGUUGGGAGUGGUUUCUUUUUUCUUUUGUCCCAUGAAUUUGGUUAUUGCACUAGGGCAGAAGUAAACAUAAAACCACAUUUAUUAUUAAAAAUACAUGUAGCAAUUGCCGAAGGGCAUGAGGCGAUUCUCUCUGCUGCUUGUUGUCUGCUCAAAAUAUUGUGACGUCAUCGUCGGCAUACCCGAGCCAACUUGGUGGCCAGCGAGGGUCGUCUGACCCCACCAAUGACAUAAUUUCUGCUAGAUUUUCUGUCUGCUCUCGUGCCCUCCUACGCCCGACACGGCUCAACGGGCGGGACUACGUAAAAAUUUGUUUGCAAUUGCAACGCUCCUACCAAUAAGGUUAAAAGAAAACUUUACGCAUAAUAUUUAAGGUGCCCACUUUAGAACUUCUGUCGUUUUCUUUCGAAUUUAAGAACCUCUUUAGGAGGUCCCUUUAAAGCACCAAUGAUAUAUUCCUGCACAAUGUGCUGCAUUGCACAAGAAAGAUCUGGCAUUUCAGAAUGGCCGAGGCAAUUUUUAUUUCUAAUGUGGCUCGCCUUCGAAAGAAAAAUGGUAAGAACCGAACCUGCACCUGAAAAGAUUUUGACGCUAGACAACAAAAAACGGCCAAUUCACCCUCCUCAGAAAGUUCAGAUUGUGCAAGCCUGUCAGGUAGAAACUAGACCCCUCCAUUUAUAGCUGCAAAGAAAAACAAUACAAUACAACGGUGUUGACUAUGCAGCUAAAAAAAAAGAUCCACUCUCCUUAAAGGGCCCCCGAGAAGAGAAAAAAAGUUUUAUUUAAGUAGUCUGGUUGGGACAUGCAUGUCAAAAAACUAAUUUUAUGCGAAAAAAGAAAUUUUUGAGUUUUUUUGGGCGCGAGACAUGAUUAAAGAAAUUUUUGAGUUUUUUAGGGCGCGAGACUUGAUUAAGUUGGUAGUCACCUCCAUUCCACUUGCUUUCUCUCGGCAUUUCGGACAUUUGGAGGAGAAGUGGAUUGACUUUGCCUUCCCGUUGAGGUGGAAAGAGCGAAAGACCAUCUCAUUAAGGUUGGAAGAGUGAAUGACCAUUCCGUGACGUCAUGGACUUUGCGCGAAGAAUUUCAAAUAAAUCUUGCGCCUCAAUAUUGCUACAAAAAAAAA